GGCGGGGAGCGCUCGUAUGGUGCGCGUCGUUGUCUCGGUAAUUGCCAUAGAUGGUACAUCACGUGGCAAUAACACCGGUGAUAUCAAAACGCGUUAAUACUAAACGUAAUAAUAAUAAUAAUUAAAAAAACAAAAUUUUUUUUAAUAAAAAAUCAAGAAGAAAAAAGUAUUUUACUUUUGAAACUGUCAGUUGAGAAAAAAAAAUAGUUGAGUGUGUGUUGAAAUAGCCACUCAGAGGCUAAGUUUAAUAGAUUAGAUGUGCGCGAGUCCGUGAUGGACAACUCCAGUGGCGCGAGGGACAGUCGUUACACGACACUUGGAUAUAACAUGGGUAUGAUGGGUAGCGACACUGGCGCCGAAAUGUAUGGACGUCCGUCUACUUCUCAGCUGGCCGCAGCUUCACAAUUACGCAGUGGCGCCACCAUGAUGAAUACUGCCGGUGGUGGUGCAGGGGCUGGUGGUGGUGGUGCUAAUUCUGGUGGUAAUUCUAACGUAAACAUGCAACGAGGGAUGAAAAGAUCUUCCUCAGAUGUUUGUUAUGAUGACGGCAAUGGACGUCAAAGUUUGUCGCAAAAUCAGGGCAUGGGAAUGGGACCUGGUGAUUGUGUUCCUGAUAACCUUGAUGAUACUUACACAAACCUGGGUGCUCCUAAAAAAUCACCCCCAUCUAAUGGCAAAAAGACCAAAGGACGUGUUAAAAUUAAAAUGGAGUACAUUGAUAAUAAAUUGAGGAGGUACACGACAUUUUCUAAACGGAAAACAGGAAUUAUGAAAAAGGCGUACGAGCUGUCAACUUUGACUGGGACCCAAGUAAUGCUGCUGGUUGCCAGUGAAACCGGUCACGUGUACACAUUUGCGACGCGCAAACUCCAGCCGAUGAUAACGAGCGAGGCGGGAAAGGCGCUGAUUCAAACGUGUCUUAACAGUCCGGACCCACCACCGUCAGGCUCGUCAGGAGACCAGCGGAUGUCAGCCACGGGGUUUGAGGAGACUGAGCUGACGUACAACAUCGCUGAUGAUGAGCAGAAAGAAGAAACAGCAUCCCCGAGAUCAGAUAUUUGUGCCAAUGACAGUGAGGGUGAUUCCAGUGAUGGCGAACCUACUGACACUAAGCCACCGUUAAAAAAUCAUCCAGGAGGAAUGCCGGCCUUUUCAGCGGGGAUAAUGUACCAAAUGCCUCAAAAUGUGAUGUAUUCGCCAAGUUCUGGAGUACUAUUAAGUAUUGGACAAAACGGGCAACCUGUUCAAAUUUCAUCAGACGGAAGUACAUCGAAUAUCAACAGCGGGCAAUCUAAUCAACCAUUUAUUACAAUUCCCUUACAUCCUUUAAACGUUUCGAUGAGUAGUCGAGGACUGUCAUUGCCAGUUACAUCUAAGGCUUUAUCACCACCUUGUUCGAUAGCAUCAACAGAUGUCAAUUCAGAUAUGCCUUCAGAUCUCAGUAAAGAUCGUAAAUGAUAGUACCUUUUUAUUCUGGGUAUAAUAAAUGAAUUCAUAUACAUAGUUUAAUUAACGUUUAGUUUCUUUUUUUUUUUGCUGCA